AUGCUUGUGCGUAAGAACAUGGACGAGCUGAUGCUGCUGCCCCUGAAUCCCGCCGGCACCACUAUCAAUACCGGCACAAAGGUCUUCGCCGCCGGUCACGCUUGCACCUGCAACCCUCUUAAGAAGCCUCACUACCCAGCGAGCUGGGUACCGGCCAACUGUCCGUUCACAUCUCAUCAUGCCGAUCCUGAUGCAGCCCAGACCAACGGCAAGGAUCUCACUCAGCAGCCACUUGGUCUCCUGAAUAGCGGUCUUCUCGUCGUGGUCCCUUCUGAAGGCCAGUACAAUGCGAUAUUGGACUGUGUCAAGAACGCACCUGCGGAGUGGGUGUUCCCUGACCAGGACCUCCUCGCCAAUCUGUUUCGUGGACGAUGGGUCGGGUUACCGUACGUUUAUAACGCGCUGAAGACACUGAGAUGGGACGGAGUGCACGAUUCUAUUUGGAGGGACGAUGAAGUUAAGAAUAUUCACUAUAUCCUUAGCCCUAAGCCUUGGGCUGAUCAUGAAGGCGAUACAUCGGAUCACGACGAGUCUCAUCAGUGGUGGUGGGCGGCGGACAAAGAACGCAGGGCACGUGAGGAAGCCAGUGGGAUUGCUGACGGAUACUAA